AUGGAAAAUGCAUCCAUUAUUACAGUGUUUACUCUUUCUGGGUUGAAUCAGACAAUGCACUAUAGAGGCGUACUCUUCUCUUUCACUUUAUUGUGUUACUUUGUGAUUGUUCUGUUAAAUGUUGGUCUCAUUUUAACUAUCAUCUUGGAUGAGAAUCUCCAUGAACCUAUGUACAUUUUUUUGUGUAAUAUCUGCAUCAGUGGACUUUAUGGUGCUACGGGAUUCUACCCCAAGUUCCUUCUAGAUCUGCUGUCUGGUGCUCAUGUCAUCUCUUAUGCAGGAUGUCUAUUUCAGGCUUUUGUAAUAUAUUCUUCAGUAUGCUGUGACUUUUCUAUUCUAGCAGUGAUGGCUUAUGACAGGUAUGUGGCAAUCUGUAGACCACUGCAGUAUCACUCUGUUAUGACCAGGCGGAGGGUCUGCCUUUUAAUAGUUUUGUCAUGGUUGAGUCCUUAUAUCUGCAUGUCCGUUUUAGUGGGAUUAACAUCCAGACUUCAACUAUGUGGUUCUCAGAUACAGAAACUUUACUGUGAGAACUGGUCUGUAGUUAAACUCGCUUGCUCUUCCACAAUUACAAACAACAUUGUUGGAUAUAUUGUCAUAUUUUUCUUUUUUGGGCAUGUCAUUUUUAUUGUGUGUUCAUAUGUAUAUUUGAUCAGGUCAUGUUUGAAGUCCAUAGAGAGCAGGGGUAGGUUCAUGCAGACAUGCAUGCCACAUUUACUGUCAUUACUAAAUGUAACAGUUGCUUUGUUUUUUGAUGUAUUGUACACCCGAUAUGGCUCAAGAGAUUUACCACAAAGUCUUCAGAACUUUUUGGCCUUACAGUUUCUGAUAGUUCCUCAGAUUCUUAACCCCCUCAUUUAUGGCCUUAAACUGAGUAAAGUGAGAAAGAGAAUACUGAGUUAUUGUGAGAAAUUCUAA